GGUUAAUUAAGAGCAUAGCUUUCUUCUUUGUUCUACCAACGAAGGAAAACAGAGCAUGUUCUGUUUUUUGCAUCCAUGGAAAAAAGUCAAACAAUGGCGAUGAGGAUGAUGAUGAUUGAUUCCUUAGUUUAAACACGAUGGGUUGCAAUACCUCAAAACCAGCUCCUUCUCCCUCGCAUGACCGCUCUGCUCUUGCUUCUGAUACCCCUUUUUCAGAGAGGGAGAUUGAGUAUUUGCAUAAGCUAUUUCAGAAACUGAGCGAUUCCGUAAUCAAAGACGGCCUAAUACACAAGGAAGAACUUCGGCUUGCAAUCUUCAAUAAUGUGAACCAAAGGAACCUCUUUUUGGACAGGAUUUUUGAUCUGUUUGAUGCUAACAAAAAUGGACGAAUUGGGUUUGAGGAGUUUGUUGGGACACUGAGUGUCUUUCAUCCCAACACUCCAAAGGCAGUCAAGAUUGCACAUGCAUUUAAGCUGUAUGAUCUGAGACACACUGGCUUCAUUGAGCGUGAAGAGCUGAGAGAGAUGGUGUUGGCUCUUCUGUGUGAAUCCGAUCUAGUUCUGCCUGACGAUGUAGUCGAAACGAUUGUGGAGAAGAGUUUUAGUGAAGCAGAUGCAAAGGGAGAUGGUAAGAUUGAUGAGGAAGAGUGGAAAGCAUAUGCAGAACAGAAUCCUUCUCUACUGAAGCAUAUGACUCUUCCAUAUCUCAUGGACAUGACAGUAGCAUUUCCCAGCUUUGUGGAGAGUGGGGAGUGAAUAGGCUGUGAUGUUGAGGGUUGAUCGAUCUACUACAAGCAGUUUGUACCAUUUCUUUCUAAAAGAAAAAAUCCUACAGUUUGAAAUUCA